AAUCCACACAGCAUUUUCGAUUCGUUUCCUUUGCGUUUUUCCGCUCUCUCUCUCUCUCUCUCUCUCUCUCUCUCUCUCUCUCUCUAGGGCAACGCCAUGAACAUCUUCAGGCUCGCCGGUGACAUGACCCAUCUUCUCAGCAUUCUCGUUCUCCUUCUCAAAAUUUAUGCCACCAAAUCAUGCUCUGGGAUUUCUCGCAAGACGCAAGAGCUGUAUGCGAUAGUGUUUCUGGCACGUUAUUUGGAUUUGUUCACCGACUUCAUAUCCGUUUACAACACCAUCAUGAAGAUGGUUUUCAUUGCCAGUUCCUUGGCCAUUGUUUGGUGCAUGCGUUUUCAUCCUUUGGUUAGGAGAAGUUACGAUAGGGAACUCGACACUUUUCGCCAUUAUUUUCUUGUUGCCGCUACCUUUGUUUUGGCUCUCCUCUUGCAUGAGAAAUUCACCUUUCAAGAGAUCUUCUGGGCAUUUUCAAUAUACUUGGAGGCUGUGGCAAUACUGCCCCAGUUAGUUUUGUUGCAACGAAGUGGAAAUGUGGACAAUUUGACUGGGCAAUAUGUAUUCUUUCUAGGUGCCUAUCGUGCAUUUUACAUACUGAACUGGAUAUACCGCUAUCUGACUGAGCCACGGUUUACUCGAUGGAUAGCUUGCAUCUCUGGUGUUGUUCAGACAGCUUUGUAUGCAGAUUUCUUCUACUAUUACUUCAUAAGCUGGAAGAACAAUUCAAAACUAAAGUUGCCUGCCUGAAUUAUCUCAGUUGUUUUGGAGUUUGGACCGCUGUGAGAUGAGUCACUGCUAAAUUUUACGGAGCGUUGUUUGGAUGAUGUUAGUUUAGAGAGCCGAGACAAGGCCAACUUCUCUCCCUAUUCAUGACUGGGGUUUUUUGGUUUGGUACUAGGUAAAGGGUUUUAACUUCUGAUGAAUAUAACACCGUCUAUUAGCGAUUCAAAAGAUUAGGUUAAAUGCAAAUGUUAAAUUUGAUGAUAUUUUGUAGAUCCACGUUUCCAUUGCAUAUUAUUGUACAGUUUGUAGUGUAAGGUAGCUGGUUUUGGUUAUGAUACGAAUGUUUCCUGGCUUAGGUGUGAUUACACUGUAAAAUUAUACAAUCUCUUCUUUUCACGGAGGCGGCAAAAUGAAAAUUUUCAGUCGGAAUGCCGUAAGGCGAUUGUUACUGCUAUUUAUACUUGUAAAUUAUGUUAAUUGGACAUAAUGUAUUUUGACAAUGAGACAUUAUUUACUAGGCUUUAUUU